AUGAGAUGUGAAGAUAUGUUAUUGUUGCAAUUAAUCAUAUAUUUAAAAGGUUUUUACAGAAUAUUUUUAUUACUUCUGUCACUCAAAGAACUAACUAAUAGUAUUGUAAAAAUGUCUAAUGCAGAUGAUUUAGAUGACGGUUUGGUAUAUGAUUAUGAAUCAGCUGGAGAAAUUACUGAAGAAGUUUCAGAAGAUAAAAAUAUAGAGAAUACAAUCGAUGAAGCCACCAACACAUCUGAAAAGAAAAGACCAAUAGAAGAUGAUAUUCUAGAAGAGGAAGAAGAGAAACUUUCGAAGAGACAGAAAAAAUUGAGAAAAUCUAAAGUUCAUGAAAAGAGAAAGGAACAAGCUAUUUACCUUGAGGAAAAAUUGAAAAGUAUUCCAAAAGGUACUAAUGAAGAAAUUUCAGAUUACUUUACAACUCUAAUACGUGAAAAGAAUCCAGAUUUAAGUGCAUUAGAACUUGAGGAUAUCUAUCUGAAGAAAACAGAUUUUAUCUCGACUGCAAAAUUUGCAGAUAAAGAUCGUAACUUGACUAAUUUUCCAGAAUUUAUGUCACAAUUCUCGAAGUCUCCAAAAGCUAUCAUUUUUUCAAUGUCAAACAUUAGAGUUGCAGAUGUCCAUAGAAGUUUGAAUGGUAAUAAAACUUCAGUAAAAUUAUUUGCCAAGAACAAAUUGAAGGAGGAUAUCGACAUGGUAGCUAAUGUCCUAGGUGAAAAUAACAAAAAAUUUAAAAAUCUAAAAUAUUUUAUCACUACGCCAACACGUAUGGAAAAGUUGCUUGAAAACACAGAUUUAUUCUAUGCAGGUAAGGAUAAACUAGAUAUAAUUCUUGACGCUAGCUAUUUAGACCCAAAGAAGAAUUCUUUAAUUGCAUCAGAGAAUACUGCCCUUUUAUGUAAGGUACUCAAAAAGAUUUUAGAUAAUAAGAGUUCUGUCAAAAUAUUACUUUAUUAG